UUUUUUUUUUACUGUUAAUACAGGGAGCUAUAAAAAAGAAAAAAAGAUCCAAUGGAAUCCAUUCUCGAACAACCAGUGGCAACAUUGCCUUCGCCCAAACAACUAGAUCACACAACGUUACAUCUCUUGCCUUGUGGGAUCCACCACGACGGAAACGCUAAUAUCAAGAGUUUUUUCUUUCUUGUCGAUGGAGAAUAUCCUCCACCUUCUUUACAGAAAGUAAGCGUCUCUAAAACAACUGAAGUUAAUACAGCCACUACCGCUGUACCUACAUUGACUCCAGGAACGUCAGAACCAACAACAAUAACAACAGCAACAACAGAAGCAGUUUCCACAAUUGAAUCAAUCGCUGUCACUAAACCAUCCGUUCCUGAAGUUUCCUUCCGUGGCCGCACACUCAAGGGUACGGUGAUCCAAGUCCCUGAAGGAUACAAAGGAAGUAUUUACAAACCCUAUGAAGCUCCAGUCAAAUCAUUUCAACAAUCCCACCCACAACACCAAGAUGUGAAUAUGGAAGAAGAAGAAUAUGAAGCUAUGUUGAAGGAUAUGCAAGAAGAUCGAAAGCGACUAAGGACCGAAGCUCAGUUUGACGAGUUUAUGGUGUGGGGCCAUGAUGAACAACCUACGUACAAGAAUGAAAAAGUCCUUCGUGCAAUGCAAUGGUUUGACAUUGCAAAAAUCUUGCACGAACCACUGUGUUAACAUUAGCAUUUCUAUUAAGUAUCAAGCAUUGAAGGAGCUAGAGACUUGUUAGGAUCUUUUGCGGUU